AUGGCGCCACCAAAGAACGAGAGGAAUCAGGUCUUCUUGGGCUCCUUCAUUCACAGCAAGAAGCUGGACGAGCUGGAGUAUCUACAUAAUACAGCCGUUUGUGUGGACAAGUCCGGCAAAAUUGUUGCUGUUGAAGCAGAGCACGAUGUUGAGAAAAACUUGGAUACGCUGUACUCGAAGCUGGGCUGGGAUGCGAGCAACGUCGACGUACACUCGACCAAGGAGGGACAGUUUUUCUUCCCCGGCUUCAUAGACACACAUAUCCAUGCGCCUCAGUACCCAAAUGCCGGCAUCUUUGGCAAGUCGACCCUGCUCGACUGGCUCAACACUUACACCUUCCCCAUGGAGGCGUCGCUGAAGGACCUCACCAAGGCCCGCCGCGUCUAUGGGCGCUGUGUGCGCAAGACGCUCUCCCACGGCACCACCACCGCCGCCUACUACGCCACCAUCGACGUGCCGGCGACCAACCUGCUCGCGGACCUGUGCCUCGCCCUGGGCCAGCGCGCCUUCGUCGGCCGCGUCUGCAUGGACAACCCGGACAUGGCGCCGGCCGACUACGUCGACGAGAGCGCCGACGCCUCGCUGGCCCUGACGCGCGAGAGCAUCGCCCACAUCCGCGCCAUCGACCCGGACUACGCCCUCGUCUCGCCCGUGCUGACGCCGCGCUUCGCGCCCAGCUGCACGCGCGACAGCCUGCGCCAGCUCGGCGCCCUGGCCGCCGAGACGGGCCUGCCAGUGCAGACGCACCUGAGCGAGAACGUGCGUGAAAUAGAGCUGGUGGCGAGCCUGUUCCCCGAGGCCGACGGCUACGCGGCCGUGUACGACGGGUUCGGCCUGCUGACGCCGCGCACCAUCCUGGCGCACGCGGUGCACCUGAGCGAGGCCGAGGCGGGCCUGCUGGCGCGCCGCGGCAGCAAGGUCAGCCACUGCCCCUGCUCCAACAGCGCCAUCACCAGCGGCGAGGCGCGCGUGCGCUGGCUGCUGGACCGCGGCGUCGGCGUCGGGCUCGGCACCGACGUCUCGGGCGGCUACAGCCCCAGCGUCCUCGAGGCCGCCCGCCUCGCCCUGCUCGUCAGCCGCCACCUCGCCAUGCCGCACCAGCAGCCCGGCGUGUCCGACGCCGACCGCGAGCGCGCCAAGCUCAGCGUCGAGGAGGUGCUGUACCUGGCGACGCGCGGGGGCGCCGAGGUCGUCGGGCUGGAGCGCCGCGUCGGCGCCUUCGAGGUGGGCAUGGAGUUCGACGCCCAGCUGAUCGGCCUGGGACUGGUCGAGGAGGAGUCGGCGGGCAUCAAGGAGAAUGAGGGGCUGGAAGACGGCGGCGAGGAUGAUGGCAACGUGGACGUCUUCGGCUGGGAGACGUGGGAGGAGAAGGUCGCCAAGUGGGUGUUUAACGGGGACGACCGGAAUACGAAGCGCGUCUGGGUCAAGGGACGGCUGGUGCAUACGCGGGUUUGA